UCGCAGACACCGGCGUCUGGUGACGUUUAAGCCCCGCCCGCGUGCACAUUCCAGCCUGAGGACGGAGUCACGUGACCGCGUGGAAGGCAGCAGAGACAGAACACCGGUGCCGCAGAAAGAUAAAUUCAUCUAAAAGGGCUGCAAAUAUAUUUGAGAUGGAGACCGAAGCCCAGAGGAACAAAAUUAAGGAAACUGAAAGCACAGAUCUGCGGAAGGACCGUGAGAAGAAAAAGCGUACCAGGGUGAAGCAGCUACUUGCAGACAUAGCAAAGCAAGUGGACUUCUGGUUCAGCGACGUCAAUCUUCACAAAGAUAGAUUUAUGCGAGAACAGAUAGAGAAGACCAGGGAUGGUUACAUUGACAUAUCCCUAUUGGCCUCCUUCAACAAAAUGAAAAAGCUAUCCACAGAUGUAAAGCUCAUUGCAAGAGCCAUCAAGAACUCUUCUGUAGUUGAGUUGAAUUUGGAAUGUACGAAAAUAAGAAGACGACUUCCCUUGGGAGAGAAACCACAGGACGUUGAUUGCCGUACAGUGUAUGUGGAGCUGCUGCCUAAAAAUGUGAACCAUGGUUGGAUUGAGAGAGUUUUUGGUAAAUGUGGCACUGUCGUGUACAUAAGUAUCCCCCGCUACAAAUCCACUGGGGACACCAAAGGAUUUGCCUUUAUAGAGUUUGAAACUGAGGAACAAGCUGCCAAAGCAAUAGAGGUAUUAAAUAAUCCUCCAGAGGAAGCACCAAGAAAACCUGGAAUGUUUCCGAAAACCGUAAAGAACAAACUUCUUCCGGAUCUGCCCAUAUCUAAAAAUGAUUGUUUUGAAGAGGAAAAGAAAAAGAAAAAAAAGAAGAAACCUAAAAACAAAAAGGAAAGUUCUGAAAUGGUAGAAGAGGAAAAUAAAACGGAAGCUAUGGACCUAUCCCAUGACAAAGGGGCAUGUAAGUCAAAGAGGCAUCGGAGUCAAUCUGAAAGUUCAAUGACCGAGUCCUCAGAGACUUAUAAGCAGUCUUCCAAGAAAAAAAAGAGAAAGCGUGACCGAGCAGAGAGCUCUGACCAAUCAGAAGAAGGCAGACUGGGCAAGAGGAAACGUAGUAACUCUGAAGAUCUUGAGGGGCCAUCUACAAACCUUAAAGUUGAAAGUAAAAAAGUUUCAGAUUCAGAAUGUAUCACAGCGGAUACAGGGUUCCCUGUAUCUAAAGAGUUUUCUACAGAAGAAGAGAAAGACAUGAGUGAUAAAAAGGAAAUGUCUAUUUCCAAAAUGAAGAGAAAGCAUAAGAAGAAGCAUAAAGAGAGACACCGUGUCGGCGAAGAGGUUAUGCCUUUGAGAGUUCUGUCAAAGAAAACAUGGUUAGAGCUCAAAUCUGAGUACUUGGCACUACAGAGGGCCAGCAUGGCCUCCCUUAAGAGAUCUCUGCAUGAAACAAUUUCUGCCUCGACUGGGGAUAUGGAAACAGAGUCUGUGGUUCAGGAUCCAAAAUUGAACAAUGAGAAAGAUAUUGCAAAGAACGAGUCGCUAGGACCCCAGUUUGUCAGUGGAGUCAUUGUCAAGAUAACCAGUGUAGAUCCUCUGCCAGGUCGUAAACUUGUUAAGGAUGCCUUGUCAAGCAUACGUGAGGUGGUGUAUGUGGAUAUGCUGGAAGGUGACACAGAGUGCCAUGUUCGUUUUAAAACUCCCGAAGAUGCCCAAGCCAUACUGCAAGGGCGGACAGAACUGCAAAGCAAAUACAGCUGGAAGCUUCAUAUUGUCACUGGAGAUGGUGAACAGCGGUAUUGGCAGAAGAUCUUGGUGGACAGGCAAGCAAAACUUAACCGUCCCCGUGAAAAGAAACGUGGAACACUCAAGUUGGUUGCCAAAGCCGAAAAGAUGCGGCUUACACAAGAGGCCAGCAAACAUAUCAGAUUCGGCGAUGGAAUUUAAUCCUUUUGGACAUCUCCUAAACAUUUUCAUAUCACUGGGCUACUCCAGAGGCAAUCUAGUGCUUUUUUCCAACGGAGAUUAAAAAUGCAGUUGUUCCUUUGUCAACUGUUUGUUUUUUGGGGUUUUUGU